GAAACCAAGGCACAGAUAGUUUAAGUGACUUGUCCAAGGUCAUACAGCUUUUUUUCUUACAAGGCUAAGAAAAUCACAAGGCCCAUGUCAGUGAAUCAGCAACAUCUAGAUCCAGAUAGUACUACAGAUGUGGAAGAUGUUACAGAUGCUGAAGAAGAACUUAUUAAAAAAUGUGAAGAAAUGUGGAAAGAUAUGGAAGAAUGUCAGAACAAAUUAUCGCUUGUUGGAACUGAGACACUCACUGAUUCAAAUGCUCAGCUGUCAUUAUUAAUUAUGCAAGUGAAAUGUUUGACUGCUGAACUCAGUCAAUGGCAGAAAGAAACUCCUGAAAUGAUUCCACUGAAUGAAGAAGUUCUGGUAACAUUAGGAAAAGAAGAGUUCCAAAAAUUGACACAUGAUCUUGAAUUGGCACUAUCUACUAUUCAGUCAAAGAAUGAAAAGUUAAAGGAAGACUUAGAAAGGGAGCAAAAAUGGUUGGAUGAACAGCAACAGAUAUUGGAAUCUCUUAAUGUACUACACAAUGAUUUGAAACAGCAGGUUGUGACAUUUUCUGAAUCAAGACUCUUUAAUGAGCUGAAAACGAAAAUGCGUGAUAUAAAAGAAUAUAAGGAGAAACUCUUGGUUACCUUGGGUGAGUUUCUAGAAGACCAUUUUCCUCUGCCUGAUAGAAAUGUUAAAAAGAAAAAGAAAAACAUUCAAGAAUCAACUGCACAGCUGAUAACACUGCAUGAAAUGUUAGAGAUUCUUUUAAAUAGAUUAUUUGAUGUUCCACAUGACCCAUAUGUCAAAAUUAGUGAUUCUUUUUGGCCACCUUAUAUUGAGCUGCUUCUGCGUAAUGGAAUUGCCUUGAGACAUCCAGAAGAUCCAACCCGAAUAAGAUUAGAAGCCUUCCAUCAGUAAAAAGAUGGUCUUUUUUUCACACAGUACUUAAAGAAUCUUUUCAUUCAAGGAUAAUGGAAACACUGAGAAUUA